AUGUCUUUCCAGAAUCAAGGUCUUUGGAUGGCAAAAGGUGCUGGGUGUAUAAAUGAUGGUGAUAUUAAUUAUGAUAAUUCUCCUUCUAGAAUUGAGUCAAAGUCUUCGUCAAAGUCUUCUCACCAGUGGUUGAUGGAUGGUACUGAGGCAGAGCUAUUUCCCAAUAAGAAACAGGCAAUCGGAUCGGUCUCUGGUGAUUUCACCGAACGGUUUUCAGAUUCUGAGACAAACAGGACUGUCAAUUUUGAUAACAGAAGCAUUACAUCAGUUAGCUCAGGAAAAUUUAGCAGCAUAGGGAGGAAUUUAGAUGAGCAUCUAUUUGGUAAUGAUUCCUCAUUUAGUUUAUCUAUGCAUCAUAUACUGGAAGAUCCGAGAACAGGUUUAAACUAUGGUGGGAUUAGAAAAGUGAAAGUUAGCCAGGUCAGGGAAUCUGAGAAUGUCAUGCCUGCAUCAAUGGAACAUGCCUUAAGUAGGGUGGAUAAUAAUACCAUGUCAAUUGCUCAUUCUCAUGACAAAGAUGAAAAUAUCAUAUCAAUGGGUCUUGCUUAUAACAAAAGGGAUGGAAAUGUCAUGCCAAUGGGUACUUAUGACAGGGAGAACAACAGUUUUAUUUCAAUGCUAAAAGCCUAUAACAACGGUGAUGACUACAUAUCAAUGAGUCAAACAUACAAAGAAAAUGACAAUGCCACACCAAUGGACCACACAUUUAGCAACUGUGAGAACAAUACCAUACGCAUGGGUCAAACCUACAGCAAGGUAGAUGAAAAUGCCAUCUCAAUAGGGCACAUUUACAAUAAAGGGAAUGGCGGUAUGGUACCAGUGGAUCAAACCUAUGACAAAGAUGAUAAUAGUAAUAUGUCAAUUGGCCAGUCUUAUAAUAAAGGAGAGAGUACUAUCAUAUCGUUUGGGGGCUAUGAUGAUGAUGGCACAAAUUGCUCGGGGAAGCUUACAUCAAGAUAUGAACUGUUGAUGGCUCAAUCUUCUUUUCAAAGAUCGGAAGUGGGAAAUGAUAAUGAAUUGGUCAAAUCAAAUGGGAUUGCACUUGUAUCUGCUGCUCAUGUAGCUGCCUCAGGGACUGAUAAUGCUUCUAAGAAGAAAGUUGACAUAAAAACUGCUAAGAAGGUUCUCCCAGACAACUUCCCUUCAAAUGUUAGAAGCUUACUGUCCACUGGUAUGCUAGAUGGAGUUCCGGUUGUUAAUGCUUAUGAAUUUGAGCGGCAUGCUAAUUGCAAAACUAAACACCCAAAUAAUCACAUAUAUUUUGAGAAUGGAAGGACUAUAUAUGGCAUUGUUCAAGAGCUAAGAAGUACGCCUCAAAAUAUACUGUUUGAAGUUAUUCAGAUGAUAACUGGUUCACCUAUCAACCAGAAGUCUUUUCGUCUUUGGAAAGCCAAAAUGAUGGAGCUCAUGACAACAACAAUAACCAUGCACAAGGGAUUGAAAGCUGUUACGAAAACGGGGCCUCGAUCUUUCAUUGCUACUCCUUGA